GUGCAUUGUGCCUUCUGCUCUAUUCAGCGCCUUUGGAGGGUUCGUCGCGUGCCAUCCGGACAUUCCUCGGUGUUUUCCCAUGGAACGUCCAUGACAUCAUCCAAACCGCUUCCGUUGGGCUCGAACUUAUCAAAAGCUCGAUUUUCAGCAACACCGACGAGAAAUGCCCGCUUUGCCUGGUUACUCGUCAAGCCGCUGGUCUUGGCUGUAUAUAGUUGUCUUAACUCUCUUAACGAUGAUGGCCUGCAGAAUUUUUCCUGUUUAGUUUUAUUUGUCGGCAUUUCCGUCCUAUAUAUAAGAGAUCGAAUUUCGAACUCCCCCCCCCUGAAUGCUUGCGACGGUGAGGCCUUGGAAGUCCUAAACCGCCGACAAUGCCCUUCAACACAAUCACCGUUGCUUCGGUCAUUGCACCUACUGUUCUGAAAACCUGGUGUUUGCAUGUCUUUGGAGGAAAACCACCCAAGCAGAAGCCCGCAAAUCGUCUAUCCUACCAUGAAGGAUUGGAGAUCAUCCGCCGGUUCAUGUACUAUGCCUCGCAUCAUACGGUGGAGGAGUUCCAAGCCUUCACCGCCCGGCGUGUCCCAUCCCCCCACUGGGUCAAACAAUCCAACGUCGUGGUUCCUGCCGAGCAUCUCGUUUCCGCAGGACAUUUGAUCAUCGCGGAACUUGGUCCCGGCGGUGUCGAUCGUGUGGGAGGCAAGACAUGGUGGCAGUGGAGGGGGGAUGAUGUCGCGCUAUACGCCGAAUGGAUCGAGAUGAAAAGCGACUACGCCCAGAGGAGAAAUUUAGGCCAAAAAUCUAAGCGAAUUAUCCUCUACGUGCACGGCGGAGCGUACUACUUUGGAAGCGUCGAUACGCAUCGAUAUCAGCUGCAAAGGCAUGCCAGGAAGCUCAAGGCGAGGCUGUUUGCUCGCGAGAUAUCGUCUGGCGCCACAAUUCCCUUUUCCCUGCGGCUUACAAGACUGUUUGGCGGCCUAUCUAUACCUCUUGACCCUCCAUAGCCCUGAAGAGAUCAUAUUUGCCGGAGACUCGUCUGGAGGCGGAAUGGUGGCAUCGAUGCUCGUAAUCCUACGCGACCAAAAAAUGCCCCUACCUGUGGGAGGAAUAUUGAUAUCCCCGUGGCUCGAUUUGACCCAUUCAUUCCCCAGCAUGAAUGAUAUUGGAACUGAAGAUUAUUUGCCUAAGUACGGCUUCAUGCAACGACCUUCCAUGGCGUGGCCACCGCCGAAUGCCGACGAAAUCGGUGUCGUAUCGAAAUGUGCGGGGAAAAUCUUACAAGCCAUAAAUUCACCACCCGUGGUGGAUAGUACUACUUCCGUUGACGAACGGGCCAUUGAGCAGUUUUUCAUCCGGGAAGCAACCGCAACGACCCAAGCUGGUCAUCUCGAACCCUUACCGGAGCACCACGCAGCUAUCUUCCAGAACGGGUGGGGGCAUCCGCACCCCGACCAUCUCCUCACGGUUCAGAUGGACGGAGUGAUGAUAGAGCUGAAAGAUCAGAUUCAUAUGUACACGCCUAACGAGAUGCUAUCUCACCCGCUCGUGUCUCCCGUUCUGCAGCCGUCACUUGGCGGCUUGCCUCCGCUGUUAGUUCUUACUGGCGGCGGUGAGAUGCUUAGGGACGAACAGAUUUACUUUGCUCACAAAGCCGCUAAUCCCGCUGCCUAUCCUCCAAGCGAGAAGUACUUGAACCGACAUGACCCGGAGCGGAAGAUAAUCGACAAGUAUAAACCUACAUACGUGCAAUUGCAGGUCUGGGAGAACCUAUGUCAUGUGGCUCCCACUCUCAGUUUUACGCAGGCGGCAAAGUAUAUGUAUCGUUCAAUUGCACAAUUUGGAGCUUGGGCGCUCUCCCGGGCGCAAGAAUCGAGCAUUGAGAUUCCUGACUGGACUACGUCCUCGAGCGGAGAUAUCGAUUAUCCUGGUGGCCAACAGCGAGCCCUAUUUGAGCAACAGCAGGGUUGCAGAUCUGUUGGAAAAGCUGGGGGUCCCCUCCCGCCUUUUCGUCACCACAUGAUCCGCCAAUUGAUUGAUGGUCACGGCAAUAUUCGCCCAUUACCGGAUGAGUCUUACCUCCCAGCCCUCGGCCUCUCUCCUGAUGAAAUCGGAGAACCUAAAGUAGGCCCCGUAAGGAGGUGGUUGAACGCGAAGCAAGAGUGGGAUAAUAAGUAUUCUAGAUUGAGACGCAAAAUAUUAAAGAGGCGGGUAGAAGAGCUACUCUUAGGUAUUGAGGAGCUCGCCCCUGGUGAAACACCGCCACCGAGCUCUGCAGCGGCCAGACGGGGUAUUUCUAUCCGAAAAAUCCGAAAACCCACGAAGAAGAAUCGUGCAUUGGCUUUCUGGAAUUCAAUUGCAAAUAAACACGAUGAAGCAGUUCUCAGAGAGAGCGGGGAGUACGCAGGUCGUUUUCGGGCUCCUCUUCCCAGGCGCGCAAGUGAAACCAGGGUAGUGACGGAUGUUGGGCAAUCGAAUGAGUCCCAGAGAGACGUUUCAGAAAAAGUGUCAUCUCGUAAAGCGCCGUCGCUUGCCUCAUCGAAAUACUCCGACUCUUCACCUCGCCAAAACGACGGAGCGAGCGAAGUCAACGCUGAUACCAAUGACAGGAAAGCAACCGACAUUUCUAUUCCACCAGAGACGAUAGAUGACCUUCACCCACAUCCAGGUUAUGUCCCGCCCAGGAGCCCUCUUCGUGCAGCGUCCGUCAAGCGCAGAGACUCUCAGCAACGCCGGCGCCCUGAUGACAAAGCCAGCACAAAAGCUAUCCGUCAUGCUCAAGGUGUGAUAUCACCCGUCUCUCCUGUCCAGGCAUCAGCAUCCUCGCUCGAGUGGGAAACACCACGCGAAUCGCUAUCUGCAUUCUCAGGUAGACGAGAGCCAGGAAAACCACGCACGAAAUCUAACGUUGCACAUGAGGAUGACUUGCCCGCCAACGGUGGAGAGGUAGUGGACGACACAAAGCGUCGGAGGCGCCACGCCGUGCAGACAAGUGAUCAAAACCACUCCAGCCGGUAUGACCAUGAUGUUGAACGUCCUGCGCCACUUGCCGCCGCAAGGUCAGGUGGGUCUAUUCAUCGUAGCGGCCAAACUCAAGCCAAUUUUGGGGCAGCGCGAGGGUCCUCAAAAUACUACUAUCAGGGGAAAGAGUUAGCAGAUGAGUUUAAUUCCACCAGAGCUAGAGACCCUUCUGAGACAGAGCCGUUCCCUUCAUUUCCGGCCAGUGGCAAUAUAAGUGCUGCGUCGCGAUCCCGAGGCGAGGUCAACGGGGAUGCUGAGAAAACAGAUGACGAAAGCGGAUAUUCGAGUGUUUAUUCAGAUGAACGAGUUGGCAUUGGAGCGACGAGGACGAGAUCCUAA